AUGCUGGAGGAGAGGUCUUGUCAGCUGGAGUCUGAUCAUACUGUGACUGCAGUAGGGCUGGAGUUUAAUAUGGAAUUAACAAAGUCAGCUGGGCUGAAGGUGGACUCAGAUAUUGGAAGGUUUAGGUUGACCAUGGAGCUGCAGGUGUGCUCGAAUACCUGUGUGGCAGAGCAUGCUGUCUGUUUCUGUGAAAUCAAAUUAGGUAGGAGAUGUGUAGAGCACCAUAAUCAUGCUGUUGUGAGUGGGAGACUGGCUGGAGAAAACAUGACAGGAGCUGCAAAGCCCUACUGGCACCAGUCUGUGUUCUGGAGUGACCUGAGUCCUAAUGUAAGGUAUGAAGGCAUUGACCUUGGUGACAGCAGUUUGCCAAAGGUAGGAGUCUUUUCUAAAGAGAGAAAAGACACUCCAAAGAGUGCAUCAGCACCCUUUGGGGCUAUGGUCAUGCUUGAGAGCU